CGAUUAAGUAUAGCGUAAGCUUUUAAAACUUUAUUUAAAUUAAAUAUGAUUGACAUAAUAAGUCAAUUUAUUUAUAGAAGGAAUGAAUCUACUUUUAUAUGUACAUGUAUUUAUAUGUACAUGAUUUACUUCAACUUAAACAUAAAUUUUGGCCGACAAUCUUCACGAUUGAAAUGUCAAUUUAUUUUUAACACAAUUUUCUAAAAAUAUCACUUUUGUAAUAUUUUAAACAAAAUUAUUAUUUUAAUUAUUUUAUUUAAAAUUUUGGGGUGUCACAAGAACUCUUCCAGUAGAGCUGUUGCAGCAGAAGAUUCCCCCAAAUGCUUCAACUGUGGAAAGGCUGGUCACGUCAUCAAAGACUGUCGCCUACCAAGAAAAAGGGACUUCAACUACUAUAAGCAGAAGAUGUUGUGGAACAAACAGAAAAUGUUCAUGGCUAAACAAGAUGAUGAUAGUGCUGCAACACUUACUGAAAAUGACCCGUGGCAGGAGGAGAGUUCAGAUGAAGAAGAAGAGGAGAAUCUGGCCCUGAUGGCGUUUGUGGAAGAAGAAGAAAAAGAAAAGGGUGAUGCUGCGAUCCCCGGAGGAAGUUCAAGCUCAAGCUCAAACACCACUUCAAUCAUGUCAGGAACAGCCAAGAACACACAAACAAGCAAUGAACUGUACCCAAAAGAGAACUGGGUCCCACUUUAUGACAACAACUUCCAAUUGGACCUGAAGCUUUUCAAGUGUCAGGACCCAGUCAUUCUCUCAAUCCUACAGAAGCACUACCUUUGGACUGCCUUCAACGAAGCCAAACCAGUACCAAUGGUGUAUCUACAACAGUUCUGGGGCCUGAUGCACACAGCCUCAGAAAAGGACAGGUCCAAAAUCAUGACCAAAUUGAGCGACAAAAGAGUGGUGCUGACACCAUCUACAAUCCGGGAGACCCUGAAGCUCCCAGUGCACCAAAGCUAUGCACCACUCCCCUCCAACGAAGAACUGAUCAAGGGGAUGAAAGAUCUGGGAUAUGACAGCCCACUGCCAUUGCUGUCAAACUUCACAAUCUCAAAUCUUCCUCACCCGUGGAAGAGUCUGUUCGGCUUGGUCAACAAAUGCUUGUCUCCUAAGCACGCCGGACAUGACAAGUGCAACAAGCAAAUACUUCAAAUCUUCCACGGGAUCGCCUUUGACAAGCAGUACGAUAUGGCUCAGCUCUUCUGGACGGAGCUGAUGGAUCAAGUGAAGAUGAAGGAGAAUCAUAAGGGCAACACAAUCCCCUACGCUCGGUGGCUGGCGCUGAUGAUUCACAACAUGUUGGAAGCCACUCCCACAAUCCCUAAGCGCAAGGAAGACAAGCACUUCACCGCUCCCAAGCUCAACUACUUCCAGAGGGACAGCAACAAAGCUGAAGCACUGCCUAUUCCAGACUCCCUGCUUGAACUAGCAAACCCAAGGGAUAAGGCAGUCAUUGACUACAAAGAGUCGUUGAAGAGAACGGUUCCUAUGGUUCAGCAAAACCCAGCUGGACCUUCCCCGGGAACCAAGCCAAGAGCGAGUGAGGGUAAGAAGAAGAGAGCCCCGCCACAGAAACCAGUGGCAACCCGGCCUAAUGAUGAUCAGUCUGCUAACUCUUCCGAGAGGACCCAGACUGCUGAGGGCCACCCUAUCAAUGCUGAGGACACUGCCGAUGAACCAUCAAGCCAGGCCCCUUCUAAUAAGGCUGGUGGUGAGGCCUCCGAUAGCAUGGCCAAGGGAAAUGAGCGGAAAGAUGAUGAUGAUGAUGCAGAUGAUGAUGAUACAUGGAGGGAGUCCUGAUCAGCAACAGGAAAAGAGCCGGAAAAAGAGCCAUUCCGAUAGACUCCGACUCCUCAUUGGACAAUAAUGAAGAGGCUGCUCACAUGUCUCGACCACUUAAGGGCAUUGUCAUCAGUGAGCAGCGCUCCAAGCACAACAGCGACAAAUCUGCAUCAUCACAGCCUAAGAAGAGGCUAAGAAAGAAGAGUGCAGUGGAAGAGGAGCUGGCAUUGUACGAUGACUGCGACACCUUUGUCACCAUAGACCGAACCACGCCCCUAGGAGCAGGAGCUGACCCUGUCAGUUCCCGGGUAGAAGUCGCAGCAUCCGGUUCAACUGCGUAUGCACAGCCAUCUCCCAUCCACUCUCCAGUCUCCCAACAGACUGGGGUUUCAAUAACUCAAGGGGAACUUACACCGACCUCACUGAUUCCUUCCGAAUCUGCUGAGAGACUUAGUGGUCAACAGCCCCGGACCACUACCCCCAUUCGUUCUAUCACAUCGAGUCUAGGUGUCACCAUUCCUACAUUUUUAAAUUUCUCUAGGACAUCUACACUAUUCACUGCACAUACAGGUGCACUCACCCUGAAUGCAACGACCGGAGUGCAAACUAUGAUGGUCGGAAGUCCUGCUACGCCAACAAUGCCUCGAUCAUUGAACGCAGGCCACACAUCAGCUAUCUUCACUGAUGCUGUGACAACAGUUACAACCCCUGUAACUGUAACCAUCAUCCCCGAAGACAUUCUUGUAUAUCUGAACAGCUUUCUAGAGUCUACCAUUAAACCAUGGGUGCAUGAAGCAAUAACCGCUAAUGCACAAGACGCUGGAAGUACCCCAGUUGUUCAGAAUAUACCAUCCAAACCUCAAACAACACAGCCCCCAACCACUUCCAUACCUAUUUCCACACCUUUAGCCAUAGAAAACCAACAACCAUCCACAUCAAGGGGAACCCAGGAUACAGAACUAGUAUUCUCCCCUACAACGACCAAACCCAACCUAACAACCGUACCCUUCGAGGAUCUUGUAGCUGAGAUCUACGACCGUAUACUAGACGUGGAAGAAGGCAACCUCACCCCUCUUCAAAAAGCCCUUCUCCAUGCUCUAGAUACACAGAACACAUGCCGUGACAGUCUCCGUGGCGCUAAACGUUCACAUGAGGAUCCCGAUGAUUCGGAUUCUCAUGAGGGGGAGAACAAGCGCCAGCGGAUACUUGAGCAUGUUGCUUCUACUAGCCAACCCUCAAAGCCAAACCAACCCUCUACCUCUACCAAUGAGCAACCCACUACUUCAGCCAGCCAUAAAUCCCUAGCCACUCUUUCUAGCAUGGUCGAGCUAGACAUAACAUCCCGAGGUGCAUCUCCUAUAGAUGUUAACCAAGGACGGAAUGGAAGUCCUGAUGAUGCUACCACGAGUACAUCUUCUUACUCAGGCCAUCAGCUAGAACCUAGUUCGAAACUGUUGUCAACGGGCAAUCCUGAGGAUCCCGGUGUUACACAUUCUCAGCCAAGGGAGGAUUGGCCGCAUAUAACGAAGUAUAGAGGUCUGGUUUCUGCGCAAGAGCAUCGUGUUGAGAUAAUUGAGGAUCCCUGCAAGUCUCACCAGGAUCCCGAUGCUUAGCCCGACAUGUCGCCUCAGCAGCAGCAGGCUCCCUCCGGCUACUACAAUGAUCAAAUGCACGAUGAACUUGAGGAAAUGUUGGUGCACAACAAAUGGUCUGAACUCUGGACAGAUGUAGAUGAAUCACAGCGAAGAGCAUACCUCAGAGAUCUCUUAGUCAACUGUGCUACUGAUGUGAUUCUACUUGAUCAAGAUGAACUCAAGGAGGGAGAGAACUACGAGACACCACCCAAGGAGCUUGAGUCGAUCAUUAGACAAACAGCGGCUCAAAUGCCCAGAAAUGAGAAGCCCUGGGAAAAGAUCGACAUCAACGCCCCCUUUCAAGAGGAAAUCAGAGAAAACAACUGGCGAAAAGAGGAUAAGGUCAGAGAACUGGACGAACUGAAGAUCCGUGGUCUUAACCAUCUACGAGGACAAAACAAGGGCGGACAGCUGUUUCUACUUAGUCAUCACUAUAUGGGAAAACAGAGAGAAGUCUGGCAACACGAACUUCAAACAGCCAAGGACCCUGUCUGGGCCGUUCUCAAUGUGGCCGAAACCAACUUUCAAGAUAUCAAACUCUCUGUCUACCAUCUACAGUGCUCUGACGGAACUGUAUUCACGUGCAAGGAAAAUGAUCUCUACAUGCUAAAGAUGGAAGACAUCUAUGAGAUGUAUCUUGCAUUCCAGGAAAUUCCAGGCAUUCGUGACAAAAUUACACAAGAUGGGCUGGAUGCACUCAAGCGGUUUAUGAUCAGACAAAUCAAAUUCUUUGCCUCUCAUGAUCUUCAGAUGGCUCUUGAAGCAAACAUGCCAAAGACGAAUCUCACAAGACCAAAGUUGUAUGGACAAGAAUUGGAGGACUUUCCUGAGUAUUACAUCUUUGAUAGUCCAAUCACGCUUAUCUAUCUGAACCACAAUGAUGAGAAACGUAUGCUAUUCAUUGAUGAAAUUAACAAGUACUGUGACGGAACCCUGAAGAUUGUGAAAGAGAAGCUGCAACCUAUCAGAGAAGCAUUUAAAGAAAGACAGCAAAAGUAUGCAGAUGCCACAGAUUCUGAAUUAAAAGAGGCACACAGAAUUGACAGCAUCCUACAGGCCAUCGAAAAGCAACUGGAUAAAAGAAAUUCACUCAGGAGCUAUGAGCACGCGCUAAACCUCAGAAAGAACUAUUACAAAGCUCAGAAGUGAAGAAACCCAGCAAGACGGCACUUGACCACAAAGGGGGAGAUUGUUAGAACUUUUAUUGUGGGUCAAGUUUGUCUGUUAAGUCUUGUUUAAUAAAGUAGACUAGUUAUACCAUUUAUGGUAUUAGAUUAGUAAUUAUUAUGUAAUAAAUAAGGUAAAGGGAAUAAGGCCCAAAAAGGCCUUGGCCCAACUUCCAAGGUUUACCUAAAUCGGUAACCUGUACAGCGCCUAUAAAUAUGCGCCUUGUGUACAGGUACCGAUAUCGAUCAAUACAUUUUUUAACCUUACGCUGCCCAAAUAGUUCUCGAUAAACUAGAAGAAGAAUUUCUCUGUUCUCGAUAUUGCCUUAUCAUUAUCAGAUCUUCUUUUCUUCUGUUUAAUCGUUGAAUACCAUCUAGUUGAUCGUUAGUCUGCAUAAACUGGGACCAACAUAAACAAUCAAUAUAGUGAUAUUAAUUA